AGAGAGAGAGAGAGAGAGAGAAAGAUAGGGAAGUGCGAUGAAGGAAAGGAUUUGCUGGUCUUGUGAAUUGCAGAGUCGAAUUCUUUCAAACGGUGCUGCAGAGACAUAGAGAGGGGGAUAUUACUGAGGGAGAGGAGCUGGAGACAAGAUUACAUCAUUCAUACGCACACAGAGACAUACACUGGAAUAUUACUGCUUCAGACACACACACACAGAGAGACAGACACAAAUACACAAAAAACACUGCACCUAAAUAGAAGAGGACAUGAAGACUGGCAAGAAAUCUUUCAUAGCUUUCAUCAAGGAGAGGAAAAUUGGACUUAACGACUUCAUAUCGAGGCUGGUGUCAAACCCACAUAUGUGUCAACACUCUGAAGUUGACUUCCUCAAGAUCGAUGAGAACCAGAAUGAGAAGCUGGACAAUGCUGAGCUCUUAAAUCCGAUGUUACUGACCUCCCCCAGAAGCUCACUAGCUGAAGAGCUGGCGAUCAAACCAUGUGAUUUCGACUACCUGAAAAUCAUUGGCAAAGGGAGCUUUGGGAAGGUGCUGCUGGCUCGACACAGGGAGAGCAACGAGUAUUACGCCGUCAAGGUUCUACAGAAGAAAAUCAUCUUGAAGAAGAAAGAACAAAAGCAUAUAAUGGCGGAGCGAAGUGUCCUGAUGAAGAAUAUCAAACAUCCUUUCCUGGUGGGGCUGCACUAUUCCUUCCAGACUACUGACAAGCUGUACUUUGUGCUUGACUACGUGAACGGAGGAGAGCUGUUUUAUCAUCUUCAGAGAGAGAGGGUGUUCCUAGAACCCAGAGCCAGGUUCUACGCUGCAGAGAUCGCCAGUGCUCUGGGAUACCUCCACUCCCUGCAUAUUGUUUACAGAGAUCUGAAGCCUGAGAAUAUCCUGCUAGACUCUGCGGGCCACAUCGUCCUGACAGACUUUGGCCUUUGCAAAGAGGGCCUGGCGCCCACUGGGACCACCACCACCUUCUGUGGAACCCCAGAGUACCUGGCCCCCGAGGUGCUGCAGAAGCAGGCGUACGACCGAACCGUGGAUUGGUGGUGCCUGGGAUCCGUGCUUUACGAGAUGCUCUAUGGACUGCCCCCCUUCUACAGCCGCAACACAGCUGAGAUGUACAACAAUAUCCUGAACAAGCCUCUCGUACUGAAGCCCAACGUGUCCAACGCAGGCAGAGAACUGUUGGAGGGGCUCCUGCAAAAGGACCGCACUAAGAGGCUGGGAGUGAAAGACGAUUUUAUGGAACUGAAGUUCCACACCUUCUUUUCACCUAUCAACUGGGAUGACCUGAUGGCAAGGAACAUCACACCACCCUACAUUCCCUCAGUGAGCGGGCCUACGGACCUCAGGCACUUUGACCCAGAGUUCACCCACCUCCCUGUGACCUCAUCUCUGUGCAACACGGACGGCCUGCUGGUGACUAGCAGCAUCAAGGAGGCAGCUGGAGCCUUCCCAGGCUUCUCCUAUGGACCUGCUGACAGCUUCAUGUGAAGGACUCCUCUAUCCACCUCGAUCCUCAUCCCCUCCACAGUCGAGAGGGGGAAUAGGAACAGACAGACACUGCCUGGGACAAUGACCACGCACUGUUAGAGCAGCUUAGGAGGUUUGCAUGGCCUGCUAAUGGAAAUCCUGAGUGACAUGCCUAAGAGGCAUGAAAAGGGGGUCCAGAAACUCCAGAUCUUGUUGGAUUGUUGCAUGAGGGGUGUAGAUUGCAUGGGACUCUAAUCUUCAACACCAAUGGCCCUACCUACUCACCCACCCCAAAACGGACCCAAAGUGUGCCAAGGUGGGAAACAGAGAUUAUGUUUUGUACUACAGGGAGAAAGGACAUUUCUCUCAAAUCGAUGUGGACUACGACCACUGUCGGAGAUAAGAGUGAAGUGCCUGAAGUUUCAAGGCAGCGAGAACAGUACUGUACCCACAGAGCUAGGCAAGAAGAGCCGGCUGCAUCAAACCCACAGACUUUCCAGUCUGUUUGGACUUAUGACCCUGGCGCUAGCUGUAGAGAGGUCCAUGCCUUCCUAAUCUUUCUGCAUAUAUUGAAGAUUUACAUGUCUGUCCGAGUCACAAUGCAUUUAUCGGUUUGUUAUGUGAAUGGUCGAUUGCACUUGAGGAAACAAGGGUAAAGAAAAUAUUUGCGUUUCCUAAGCAUCCACUCUCUCUUGGUCAGCUGCAAAUCUUUUCACCCACAAAAUAAUCUCAAACAAGUAGGAAAACACCAGAAUGGAUAAUGAAAUUUAAACAAUUUUGUUUGGACCAAAUAGGGUACUAUGGUACCAUCUGAACCAAAUUCUACUGGUGGAUAAUUAUCGUCCACAUACUGAUAACAGAGCAAAUGAAUGCCACUGCAUAGAAAGCAGACACGGAAUAUGUUAUUUUACAAGAAAUCUGCAUAUCAUGUCAUGGCAUAGUAAUUUAAUUCAAAUCUUACCAAAUAAUGCAUUGGUUUACUAUUUUAAUGGUACCGUUCAUUUUACUACAGUAUUUCAGUUUGAGAAAUUAGAAAGUACUCCUUUUAAAAACACAUUUUCCACUUGAAUCUUUAACAUAAACCAUAGUAAUAUAUUAGGAAGCUCUAAAUGUUUAACUAUUUAUACUCCCUAUGUGAACAAAAUGUUCUUGCCUUUGUUCUUCUAAUACCUGCACUUUUACCCCCCUGAGACUGUGUUGACAAAUUGUGUUGACAUAAAUGUUUGUAGACUCAUUAAUAUAUUUUUUAUCAUAAAUACAGCAAAUGGAGUAUACAGUUUUACCAGCAAUAAUAGGUCUUCUGCAGUAAUAACACAUAUCAAUCAUUGUUAUUCUUGCGAGUGAAAGUGAUUGCUGUUUUGCUGGCAAAACACUCAAGAGAAUCCAUUAUAUUGUUAUGUAUAUCCAUUUGCAUUGUGUACAGAACUCCUGCUAGAUUGAUAUAGAAAGGAACUGUACAUGUAUUUCGUUUUGUAAAGUGUGCCUGUCUGUUCCAGCCAUGUUACAGUAGGAUAGGUAGGCCUGAUCCAUUUGUAUCUAUUUCUUCUCUGUUAUCCUCAUGGUCUGAAGACCACGACCUGAAAAGCUGUGCUGCUGCAAUGACGAGAGCUUAGACUGAAAUGACUCUUUGUAAACAGCGCUAGCGCCGUUCAUUUACUGAUGGCCCUAAAUAGCGCAAUAACAUCGCAGGCUUGGCAAGAAUCACCUUUAAUUGACCAGAGAUAUAUUUUUCCAUUAGUCAUCAUGCCUUAAAAAAUCAUCCUCUAAAAUGACUGAGAUUAUGGAAGAUCAGUGUUUACCCGAUGUCAGUAGUCAAAAUAAAAAAGGGCAUGAACUGAUUUAUUUUAUUUAGCCUUAACAGAUAUGAUAACCUUGUAAUGGCUGACAGAACAAAUAUCUAUUCAUGAUGAAAAUCACGUACGUUGUUUUUUUAUAUAGUGUAAAUUGAUAAAGGACUGACACUUAAUUUGAUAUGUCACUUAAACUUCCUUGAUCCUGCCAAGUCUGGAAAUGUUGGUCUGCAAAGAAGUGUUGACUCUGCAGUGAAUAUCUACAGACCAUUCUGUGGUACUGCUUCCUUGUAGAAAAUUACAAACAACGCAAUACAGUUAUAGGUGAUUUUCUAACAUAUUUGGAAGCUUUACAUAUGUUAUUUGUUUUUGUAUUUUAUUUCUCCAUAUAUAUUUAUUUACGUCAUGACACAUAAUGUACUGUAUGUAUAAAGACCAGAGGACAAAUUCCUAGUAUUGAAAAAUUAAAAUAUUGAAUUGUAAUCUAUCAGUUCAAAAUGGUAAAUAAAAUGUAUUGACCAAAUUCAAA